GAAAUAGAAAAUGGCGGAUGUGUCAAGCGGCAGGAGAAAAUGACGCCAUGGAUGUUUCUUGUGUGAAGAAUGAUAAUACUAUUGCUUAGCUUUUAAUAAUUAUGUUAAAAUAGUGCUGUGAUAAUGGAGUUCGAUGCGAUUGUGGUUAAAGAAAGCCCCGGGCUUUGCCGGUGCUGUCUUUCAGAGGGAUGUUACAAAGACAUGGGGACCGAGUAUGCAUGGAUGAAUGAAACCGAAGUUUAUGCUGAUAUGCUUUUGGAAUGUUUCGAUAUUAGUAUUUCUCAAAUCAAUGAUGGCCCGAACGGACCGAACCGUCUUAUAUGCGAAGUGUGUAUCACACGUCUACGAGAUGCCUGUUACUUCAAGAAGCAGGUGCUGGACACAGAAAAAAAGUUUGUCGAUAUGGUGGGAAGGGGAGACUUCAGGCCGAAAGUUCUAUACCAAUCAAAUAUGAAGACAGAAACUUGUGAAGCGGUUGUGGUCUCACUGGGUGCAGAUGAUGGCGAAGUAGAAUACUUAGAUGAUGAAAUGGAUUAUGAGCCUGAUACAUUGAAAGAGGAGGGUCAAGAUCCAGAGCCAACUGUGUCCGCUGACCCCCUACCGAUUAGGGGGAAGCGUGGCAGACCUAAAAAGUCCCCCACCAAACCGGAGAAGAAGAAAGUGAAGGUGGAAACGAAGGCGAAGUCAUCAAAGGCGCUUGUGAAAGGUGCGAAACAUCUCGACACCGAGGCAACGAGUAAGUCCUCAAUGACCUCAACAAAACGAAAUCGUCUCAUGAAGAAAAACGCUAUAACGGUUCUAGAGAAUUCCAAGGUGACACCUUUCAAAUGGCAUAGGCAAAACUUUCUGUGCUUCUUCUGUCAUUUGCCUUUUAAAGAUGCAAAGUUGCUCAGAGAGCACACGAAAAAUCUUCACAAGAAAUCCAGUAUAAAAUCCGCAGUUUCCUAUUUGCGGAGAGAUGAGAAAGUGAAAAUUGACGUAUCGUCGCUUCAAUGUAAAUGCGGUCACACUUUCGACAGUCUGGAUAGUCUUAUAGAGCAUAUAAGGGUCCUUCACAAAUGUUGUUUUACCGAAGUUUGCGGUUACGGUUUGAUUCCUUACAAGUUAGAUUUGGAAGGGGACAGUUUCCGUUGCGCUGUGUGCGCAGAACAGUUUCAGUAUUUCAUAAAACUGAACCAGCAUAUGAAUGAGCAUUAUGGGAAUUACGUAUGCGAAUCCUGUGGGAAAUCAUUUCUGAGUCAAGAUAGGUUGCGGUGUCAUGCGCUCGUACACGGUGCUAGAUUCCGAUGCAAUAUUUGUUCAGAAACCUUCGACUCUUUAACGCAGAGAAACAAUCACGAAUCUAAAGUUCACAAUAAAGUGAAGGAGCUGAAAUGCUUCUUCUGCCCAGAAACUUUUUCUAACUACAAUGUCAGAAAGAGACACCACAACUCUAUACACAACUUGCAAACACCCGAAUUCAAAUGUCCUGACUGCGGGAAGUCGUUCCAUAUCAUGAGCAAGAUGAAGGUGCAUUUAAAAGAGGUUCAUAUCAAAGAGAAGAAUUUCUCCUGUACAGUUUGUGAACAGAAAUUCUUCUCCAAGACACAUGUGCAGAAACACAUGAUCAAGCAUUUCGGCGAGAGGGUCUAUCAGUGCAGCGUUUGCAUGAAGUCGUAUGGCAGGAAGCAAACUCUCAGGGAUCAUAUGCGAAUACACAAUAACGAAAAACGUUUCGUUUGUGCCGUUUGCAGUGAAAGUUUUGUCCAAAAUAGUAAUUUAACACUUCACAUUAAAGUGCAUCAUCCGGAAUCUGCUAACGUUUAAUACUUAAUUAUUAUUAUGCAAUAAAAAUCUUUAUUUAUCAGCU